AUGAGUCUGAGUGACAGUGAACCUGAAGAUGUGGCUCCUGCCCCUCCAGAGAAGCAAACCAAACGAUUACAGCAUCCCCACUUUGGUGGGAAACAGCCCAAGAAGCACAUACUUCCCCGCUGCAUAAACGUUGCUUCCAAAGAGGAAAAAGGUGAAAAAAUUCAAAAGCUCACUGAAGAAGUACAGCACCUCAAAGACGAAGUUCGUAAGUAUGAAAUAUUUUACACUUUCACACAAUUGAGGACCAAUAGUGAUAGACACAAUGCAACAUCAAUUUGUAAUGCUUCUAGGGUUACUCUUCAAUAUAAACAUUUGCGGACAUAAUUUUAUUUUGACAAUAGUAUAAGACACUCCUGCAUUAGUUUAUUUCCAGCCAUGUAGCAUAUGCCAGUUCAUGUAUGUGUAAGCAAGUUGCACAAGCAGUCUCUUGUCAGGGAAGACUGAGAGACAAACAAGUUGCAUUCUCAAAAUGUGGCGUGUUUUUUUGCUCUAAAAGACAAUAAAUAUUAGUUAUUAAGUCUCACUGCAAAAAAUAAGCCUAGCUCCCUCAACCCUAUCGACCCAAGGGGUUCUUUGAUUGUUGGUUUUGUUUAUCUUACUAUUUAUUAAGCCACAUCUGACCAAGAAUAAACGUACAGUGUAUUGUACUUUCCUACGAAAAAUAAAAGAACAAGCUGGAAGUGUUCUCCCACCAUGUAACGGUCAAGGGAAAAUGUCAAGGGAGGAAGCUACUGCACUUGGCGUAAGGAAUUAAGAGAUAAUGCUUACGUGCUUUAAUGUUUGUGUGAAGUGAAUUGCUUAAACUCCUUUUUAUUCCUUACUUCAGUAUCCAGAAGGCUACAGUUUAUGCUGUUUGCUGAAAGCAAAUGUUCCAAAUUAAUCUGUCUCACAAACUGCUUAUCAUUCCGGCUCAAUUAAUAAUAAAAUAUUGUUUAAAGGUUAAAAAGAUCUCCUAAACCUGUUUAAUGCAAAAAAAAUUAAUCUUCUUGUACGGGAUUUAAUACCCUUUGAAGACAACUGUUAUCAGUUGUUUGAAGCUAUGUUUCAUAAAACUUUUAAACCACUUUAACUUUAAAAAAAGGUAUUUUGCUUAAAGUACAUAUUUUUUCCUUUAAUAGCUUACAGACCUUGUCAGCAGCUCUGGGGUAUGGAUAUGCCCCAACAAACUUGGCGCAGCCAUAAAGCAUAAAGCAUGCUGAGAACAAGUCACUCCUUUGUAGAUUUUAUAACAAAGAAGAGCUUCUCUCAAAGAACUUCAGCGAUUUGGAUAAGGAAAUCACCGAAGCUGCUAUUGGUAGGUAGUGACAGGAUAUAUUUGGUUAUAUACAGACUAGCUUCAUUGAUAUUGUGAUUUUUGCAUUGUUUUUGACCAUUCAAACUUUGCCAAUUUCUUUAACCCUGGCAACACAUUUUCGUUUCAAGGUUAAUAAUCCACUGUUAAGUGAAAUUGUCAGUGUGCUUGAUUCAAUAGUGCCGGUGAUGCUUGUGAACAGUGUGGAAGGUUAAAAUUAAAUGAAUUGAUAGAACUCUGUUUUCAGAAUUAAGUCUUCACUUUUGAGAGAUCAUUUUGGAAAACCCGCUAUGUUGUUGACCAUUUAAGUGGGCAUAAGGCCAAGUCACAAAAAAUAAUGUUUGCAUCUUCCAACUAAAAUUAUGCAUAUUAAGUGUGCCCCCCUGACAAACCUUGACAAAAUAUAAAUAAAUCUUAAAUAUAAUUGCAUUUUACUUUAUUCAUUGUACUAAAAUGAAGGCUGUGUCAUGGCAAAAAAGUUGUUUCAGAAAAAUGACUCUAUCAGUUCUCCCUUUUUCCAGAUUUUGCGAUGGUUGCAAGGCUUGGUGAAGUAAAAAAUGUGAGGAAAGCUGACCUGAGACAGGCACUCCGGUGUAAACUGAACUCAAUGAAAUUUCAGUAUAGCAAGCCAGAGUACUUCCAAGGUAAGAAUUUAGACUUGUACUUGGGCAAAAACAAUUGCUGCUUUUAUGAUCAUUAAAUAAAGCCAUUAAAUAUCAUCAUUACACUGGUUUAUACUUAUAUAUAAGUUAUGAUUAUUAUACAUAAACAUUACAAAUAAUUGGUCAAAACAAGCUUAAUGCUCAAAGUGACUCUAACUGCUGCCAUGUUCAAUUAUUAAUUUUGUGUAUAUAACCUAUACAGCCAAUGCCAAUAAUACAUAAAUAUACUUAUAUAUAUAUUGACUCGGUUGAAGAUUGGUUCAGCCUACAACAUACAACAUAUACACUUGUUAUGAUCAAACUUUUAUAUAAAUUGCAUCUAUUAAUGAUAUUAAUGCUUCAAUUUCUGUUUUUUUCUUUUCAGAGUACCGAAAGACUUACUCUGGACCGAAAAAAGAAAAGAAAGACAAUAAAGACACUGCAAAUGAAAAAGCUGCUAAAAAAUGAAUAAUGUUGAUUGUUUUAAAGAAGAAUAAUAUUGUAUUAUAGAUCUAAUAAUUCGUAUAGUGGUGAAUGUUAAUGUUUUAAGGCAUCAAGUUAAUGUGGUUAUAAGCAUUGAUGGCUUAAUUUCAACUACUUUUUUAAAGAUAUGAUGAUUACACUGUCCUAUGGUCAAGUUUUCUGCUAAGUACCAUAAAAGGCUAGAGGUAAUAAAACAAAAAUUGGACCAUAACGAAGAGAAAUUGUGAUCAAAGAUGUGUGUCACUGAGUCAAAGGGAAUUAACUGACUGAACUAAUUCAUUUACCCGAGCUUUAGGGCUAUAAAUUGCUGUGUUUUAUAUUAGUUUUAACGCACAUGGCAGGCACAUUUCGGCCUAAAAUUUAUAUUAAUACAGUAAUUCAAAGUUAUUUUUUUCAGUUUGCAGGGAAGUUUUGUUUUUAGUACCUUAUUCUAACCCUACUUUCGCAGUUACGACGCUAUUUUAAAGUUAUUUGCUUUAUUUGCAUUUUUUGUUUACAAUAGGGAAAAACAGGUUUUAAAUUACGUCCCUAUUUUAUUUCAAUAUUAUUAUUCUCAGAAUUAUAUACUAUUUUCAGGCUAUUUUUUCAACACUAAUUUUUUCCUAUUUUUUUGUUUCAAAAUAACAGGUUUAAAAUAGAGUAAAAUAUCAUUAAAAUAGCAGUUGAUAGUGCUUUAAAAUAGAGGGAAAAUAAGUAACUGAUAGAGAAAAAUAGAAUGAGAAAUAGAGAAAAAAUAGAGGUAAAAUAGGCACUAUUUUUGUAAGCGUUGUUAGCUUAUGGCUGCAAAAUGGUACCAUUUAGCUAGGAAAAAUAGAGCAUUAACCCCAAUACAGAGAGAGUAAUACUGCUGUGCCAUUACAUUUAAAUUUUUAUAAUAAUAAUGAACACUUUAUUUGCCUUUUUGAAUACAGUUGUAAAUCUCUCUACGUAUGGGUAAUUUACAAUUGGCUACUUGAAAUUGAAUAAUUCAAAAAGGAAAGUCAAAAUUUCAUUUCGUCUGGGCUAGCCCAAAUCUUAUUUCUACAACAACAGAUAUAAUAUGUGGCUCUAAUUACUUUAUCAUUGUUUUGAUUAUAUAAUGUCGUUGCUUUUUGUCAAUGCCAAUGUCAUUCAUCAUGUAUAAAAACGUGGAACAUUCGUCAGCGAAAAUGCCAAGGGAGCUCAUGGACAGGUUUACAAAUUUAACACACCUGUAGCUACUGCUCAUUUCUUUGAUCAAGUUCAGGUAUUUUUCUUUUUUUCGCACUGCAUUGUUAAUAAGGUUAGACUCGAAACCAGCUGUUAGUUCUAGAACAUAUAAUAAUAAUAAUAAUAAUAUUCAUUAUAAUAUUCAUUCAGGUGUUGUUUAAGCUCAAACUCUCUGGAGUGGCAGACCUUGCAGAUUUGGCCUACAUUUUGCAUGCCCUCAACCUUGACAGCAGCCAAUUCCUGUACAUGUGUAUAGUUGCUGGAUGCGAUUUCCUUCCUAACAUCAAAGGUAUUGGAUACCAAGCAAGUCAGGCGGUGACAAGGAGAGACUUCUUCCACGAGCUAGGUAGUCACCGGUAUGCACCUUCAGACUACUGCAAGGGAUUCAAGCAGGCUUGUGCAGUGUUUAAGCACCAGGUGAUUUAUGAUCUUCAAAGCAAACGUGUAAGGCCAUUGACAGUAUGGGAAUCAGGAGAGGAUGAGGCACAAUUUUCUAUGGCUUGUGGAGAGUAUCUUUUACUUAAUAAUUGAUCACCAAUUAUGGAAAAUAGGGACACCUUGGGAAGGGUGGUUACUUGUUCAUUCAAGUAUAGUGUUUUGACUAGGAGUGUGAGGUGCCUUAAAAAUCCUCAGAUAAGUCAGAUAAUACCUUUUAUAGAUCGUUUUCAGUCACGUGACUAUUUUUCAAGUGGCCGCCAUAUUGGUGCACAUCAAAUGUAAACAAAGAAUACGAAGUUAGUCCAGGAAAAUGGUUUUAUGUGCGGUUUUUGGAUGCGGGACACGAAGUGUCGGUGAUAAAGGGAUCUCCAUGGCGAGAACACCGUCAGUCAUAACUACUCAAGGUGAAGAAAUGAGGGAACUCUCUGAAGAGAGGAGAAAUAAAUGGAUUUCUGCCAUCAGUAGAGAAGACCUCACAGACUCCAUUUUGGAGCAUGGCCGAGUUUGUGGAAAGCAUUUCAUCUCCGGCCAAGCUGUGGGAAAGAUACGAUCCUGAUCAGGUUCCGACCCAAAAUUUAGGUCACAAGAAAUGUGAUUCUGGUGAAAAGCUUCAAAAUCUUGAAGCUGCCGCAAAGCGAGACGAGAGGGCUAGAGAUCGUGAGCUGAAACAACGUGUUGCGGUAGAGUGUGAAAUUGAAAAGCAGUUUCGAGAAGAAACUAAGCGCAAAAAAACAAAAACUUAAUGAGUCAGGAGAAAGAGUUAUGGAUAUCUCCUUCGAUCUGGAAUCAGUGAUGAACGUAGAGCCUGAGAGUGGCGAGACUGGGACAGCGACUCAAACAGAGGAGUUUGAAUAUUUAUUUUGCACCUCUGCCUAGAGACCGCCAUUCGAUGAAACGUAUUUCGCUAAUGACGACGAGAAGGUACGUUUUUACACCAGAUUGCCUGCCUAUGAUGUGUUAAAAACAGUGUACCAGAAUGUUUCGCCAUUUGUUAUGAGGAAGUCUCCAACGUUAUCCAAAUUUCAAGAAUGUGUUCUCACGCUAAUGAAACUUAAGCUGAACAUGCCUAUGCAUGAUCUUGCAUACCGCUUUGGAAUAUCGCUACCAACUGUGUCAAGAAUAUUUUUAGCCUGGAUGGUGGUUCUUGAUGUUCGAUUAGUGCCUUUAAUAAAGUCGCCAGAUCGUGAGGAUUUAUGGAGAACUAUGCCUCAAUGCUUCCAGUUUUCCUUUGGGAACAAAACUACAGUCAUCAUCGACUGCUUUGAAGUGUUUAUUGCGAGACCUUCAAAUCUCAUGGCCCGAGCACAAACUUAUUCAAACUAUAAGAGUCAUAACACUGUCAAAAUUUUAGUUGGAAUAACUCCACAAGGAAGCAUUUCAUUUUUCUCCAACGCUUGGGGUGGGAGGACUUCUGAUAAGUAUUUAACAGACAAUUGUGGCAUUCUCAAAAAGCUAUUACCAGGAGAUCUAGUGAUGGCUGACCGGGGGUUUACUAUCCAGGAAAGCCUAAUGCUCCACAAAGCUGAACUUGCUAUUCCAGCAUUUACUAAAGGCAAAGACCGGCUGGAUCCAGUUGAUGUCGAGCAAACCCGUGGCAUUGCAAAUGUUCGUAUACAUGUGGAAAGAGUCAUUGGGCUGCUAAGGAGCAAAUACACAAUUGUUUCAGGAAUUUUACCAAUUGAUUUCUUGCAAUGUGACCCUACUGGUUCCCAAGAAGCUAAAAUUCCUAUGAUUGACAGAAUUACUACAGUGUGUGCUGCUUUGACAAACCUUUCCAAUGGUAUUGUACCCUUGGAUUAA